CUAGUCUCUAAGUAGUGCUCACCUACAUUCUCGUUUUACAAUUAAAAAACCCUCCUGUUCAUCUCAUGGCUAGCUUUGUAUCAGCUCGAGAUAUUAGUGCUGCUAAAGCAUUGAAGAAGCAAGAGAAAAAAAUUGCUCGUAGUGAUAUCUUGAAGCAAGCCAAAACUGACCACGAGCAAAGGACGAGAAGAAAAGAACUUCGUGAACAGACGGGUGAGGAUGAAUGGAUGGCUCCUGGUUUGAUGAGCAGAUUCAGUGAUGACACCACUUCACACACAAGGAAGAAACACAAGAAAGACAAUAAAAAGAAGAAACAUUCGAAACACAUGGAUCAUCAUGCCAGUUCAUCAGAGUCAGAGGGUGAUGUUUGGGUCGAGAAAGGUCGGGAUUCAGAUAGUCAAUCGGAUCCUACCCUAAAAACUAACAAGGCUGGCAAGGAUGGAACCCUUCAGCGAGAGACCUGGAUGACAGCACCAAUGGAAUCAUCUCACAAAAGCUUACUUGCAAUCGAGGACCUGAGAAAAUCAUCUCAAGUGAAAGAGCAGAAAUCAAAUGAGGCAGUAAAGGUCUCUCUUGAUAACCCUGGUCAGCACCCCCGUGAGAUAAACCCAUACUGGCAGGAUGGGGGCACUGGACUACCGGAGAAGAAACAGGAGGACAAGCAAUCUCGACGAACUGGAGAUGGUGGACGUAGCUGGAUGUUGAGAGCGUACAAGAGAGCGUUAGAGCAAGCGGAGAGCGAAGGAAAAGAACUGGAAGAAAUAGCUAUUGUUAGAUGGGGUUCCCUAGACAAGCUGUACUCGCUGCUGCGUGCUGCUGGGAUCGAUCCCAAAAAUCCUGACAAAGCUCGAAGCUCAAGGAAGCAUGAAUAUCUGUAUGCUGAGCCACCACGAACCAGUAAACACUUGCUGCCGAAAAGAGAUCGACACUUUUCCCGUGAUCCCAGUAAACGAAUACAUACACCAGAGAGUCACAGUCCCUCAAAUUACCAAGGAUUUCUUCUUCCAGGUGAAAAUCAGCCAGAUCAUUCAUCAAAUGUUGCAGAGAGAAAAGACUCUUAUAAAUCAACCAACUGGCACAAGCAAACUACACCACAGAGAGAUGAUACCCAACUUCCCAUGUUGAACCAAGGCGCCAGAGGUGAACCAAGCAGUCCGAAAACGACUGCAGAGAAAACUGUCCAAGACACUAUUGACAGAAAACCGGAAGAUAUUGACGCUGAACUGAAUACCCUUGGUGCUAAAGUCAUAAAAGCUGAAAUGCUAGGUGAUUUGGCGAAAGUCGAAACCUUGAAAAAGAAGUUGGAAAGGCUGCACGAGCUGAAAAAAUAUCAACAAAAUCGAAAAUCGUCAACCAAGAAACAAGAGGAUCAGCCUGAAUCUCAAGUGAGAGCCAUUCCACUGGUGUCUACUGACAGAUUUGGCAGAGUGAGACCACUGGAUAUGCCAAGCAGUGAGAGAAUACAAAGAUACAGUGCACCUCCAGCCAAAAAAAGCAAAAGUAAAAAGUACGCUGAUGACGGUGAUAGUUACAGCAUACGAGAACUAAUGGAACAAGAAAGAAAAAUAUCAACAAGGGACACUCAAUUGGCCAUUGCAGGCAUGGCAUCCAAAUUUGUUUCAUCUUCUAACAAAGAUGACACAAUCGACGAAAAGCAUGCUUCCAAAGUGGCUGUUUCGUAUGACCCCAGACAAAAUGAAGGCAAGGAUUUCAUGCGAGCAAUGACUCAGAGCAAAAAGAUAGCAGAGACUAUGGAUAAUUGUAAGCUGUGCUUUGGAAACGACAACUUCAGCAAAAGCCUCUUGGUUGCAGUAGGCAUCAGUGUCUAUCUUGCUGUUCCCGCCACACAAUCCCUGAUCGAUGGUCACUGCCUGUUGAUCCCAAUGGAGCACCACACAUCAAUGAUACUGCUCGAUGAAAAUGUGUGGGAUGAGAUCAAGGUGUUUCAAAAGGGUCUCACUCGUAUGUUUAAUGGGCAUGGCUGUGAUGUUGUGUUCACUGAGAGCUAUAUGAGUGCUAAUAAGAGGACCCAUGCAUAUCUAGAGUGUAUCCCUUUACCGAGAGAGCAAGGUGAUCUGGCCCCUAUGUAUUUCAAGAAGGCCAUCAUGGAAAGCGACGAAGAAUGGUCGAUAAACAAGAAACUCAUAGACACAAAACGAAAAGGUAUUCGGGGCUCUUUGCCUAUUGGUCUACCAUACUUCUUUGUGGAGUUUGGUCUUGACGGUGGGUUUGCACACAUCAUUGAAGAUCAAGACAGCUUUCCCUCUUACUUUGCCAAGGAGGUGAUAGGGGGAAUGAUGGAUCUGGAACCUCGGCUAUGGUUGAAGCCACCACUCGACUCCUUUGAAACUCAGAAGAGAAAGGUUUUGAAACUAUCUGAAUGGUGGAAACCGUAUGACUGGACACAAAAGCUCAAGAAGAACUGAUUAAAUUUUAUGUAUACUAUAAACACUAUAUAACUGUAAAAAAAUAAAAUGUAACGAUUCGUGUCAACAAAAUAAUUGUUCAAGUUCUCA